AGACCUCGGUCGACGCCUCUGGUCACCGCCCAUCCCCUCGGCGGCGCCGAAGCGUUCCGCCGCCAGCCGCAGCCGAUGAGACCGGCGAUCCUACGUGCUCCUCUUCUUUGCAGUGUCUUCCUGGAGAUAGCUGCUGCCUUUGAUCUCCUGUCGUCGAUAGGAAGAUUCUUCAAUGUGGCAUCAGAUGAGGCGGUUCCGAGCAGCGAGAGCAGCCCCGCACCCUACGCACUCUUCACGCAUGAAGCGGGGCAACUCCACUGCGACGACCGCACCUUGAGGCACCCAUGUGUGGCAGAGCUCAAAGCCUUCCUCGAGGACAAGAACCACACACAGAAGCGACAGAACGCCUUAAGCUGUGUGCACGAGGUCAUGGAGACCUCCCAGGACUACUGGGAGCUCAAGAAUAUGACCCACCUUCUCUUGGACUUGGACACCAAAGAUCACGUCUUUGACAAGGAGUCUCGCGACAACGACUUCAUCUCUGCGGGCAUCGGCUUCGCCAAGAAGCUGAUGGCGCAUCCCGAGUGCCUCAACGAUUUUGACACCAAGGGAGAGCUCGAGUGCCGCUGCGUGCCUUUGUAUGGCAAAGUGAGCACGCUGAAGCUCAAGAAUGCUGGGAAGUUGGAGGAGGCACAGGAACUGUUUCAGCAAGUGAGAGACAUGGCAUGGCAAGGUCGCGAGCGCCAGUACGCGCCUGGGGAGGCCGUGCCCUGGGAUGAUUUCCACCAUACGCCUCAGAUCUGGGUGCGUGGCCUCCGAAGCAUGCCGGUGUGGCCGCGCGCGACCUGGAAGGAUUUGCCCAUUUGCAGCCUUUUAGAGGAGCACUUCCCCAUCAUCCAAGAGGAGACCGCUAGAGCGCUGGCCAACGAAGCCACAUCAGGUUUUGAGGAUGCAUACCGAUUCCUCUACGAGAAGGGGGAAUGGAAUCGGGUUCUUCUCUACCACGGCAGAAAGUUCACUGAAGAAUGCGACCGUGUUUUCCCCAAGACCUGUGCCCUGCUCAGGAAGUGGCUUCCAUCAAAGCCUGGCUUGCCCUGGACAUCGGACCAGAAUGAGCAGGUCAUGGUCAUCAAGAUGAAGCAGGGCACGGAUGUGGAGACCCAUUCGGGGCCGGCCAACAACAUCCUCAACAUCCACCUGGGCAUCUCGGGGCUGGAGGGCGCCAAGCUCUUCGUGGCCAACGAGACCUAUAGCUGGGAUCAGGGCAAGGUCAUCGCCUGGGAUGGUAGCUAUGACCACCGAGUUCAUUGCCUAGACUGCAAGGAGACACGAGUCAUCAUGAUGGUGAGAUAUAUGCAUCCGGACAUGUCGCCGGAGCACUACAAGGGACACACGAGGACACACUUCGAAGAGAUCCCCAUCGAGAUGCAGUGAGGAUCCUUUUGAAUUAUUUCUUAAUGCGGAAUUGCCCAAGGCGGCAACAGACAGCACAAAAAAAGGCCUGUGUGCUUGUUGUUGCGCAACAGCACAUUGGGGCCUGAGCUUGUCUCCCUGUGAGAUCACAGAGAGCAAGCAUGUUCAUAGAGGAGAGUUGCUUGCUGGUUCGGUCAAGUGGGAUUGUUCUUGGCAAUGUGGAAACGCUCUCAGACGAGGACUCAUCGUAUUUGAUCGGCAGAUUUCGGUUAAAUAUAGAAUAUAAUGAAGC